CGUUUACAUUGGUCAAGUUACUUGAAUCAAGUUAACUUGAUUCAAGUCAACUUGAAUCAAUUUUGGUGUUUACACUAUAUGAACGAUUUUUGCAAACUUGAAUUCAAGUGGAGGGAUUGGUGACAUUCCUAAUAAUUUUGUGUAAUAAUUGUUGUUGUCUGCAGUGAAAAUGGCCGUCACUCCUGAUGAUGUAGCUGAUGCUCUCCGUCAAGUCGUUGCACUGGUAGUACCAUUAGUAAGUAAUAUUACAGAAAAUGCAUUAAGAAAAAUUAAAAGAAGAAGAGGAAGAUUAUGGGUAGGUACGGAGUUGGAUUAGUCAUAGAUCAGUACUUGGAGCCUCAAACAGCUUACUCAGAGAAUUAGCUGUAGAGGACGUGGAUUCAUACAGAAACCACCUAAGAAUGACACCACAAAAGUUUGAUGAACUUUUGUCUUUGGUUGAAAAGAAGAUUACAAAAAAGGAUACAAUGUUGAGGCUAGCAAUACCGGCAAAAACAAGACUUGAAAUAAUAAGGUAUUUAGCUACUGGUGACAGUUUCACUUCUUUGCAGUAUCUAUACAGAGUGCCAAAAAGUACAAUCAGCAAAUUCCUACCUGAAGUUUUGGCAGCGGUUUACGAAGUACUUGAAGAAUAUAUUAAGGUGCCAAGUACAAAGGAAGAGUGGGAGUUGGUGCAACGCAAAUUUGAAGUGCAGUGGAACUUUCCCAAUUGCAUAGGAGCAAUUGAUGGGAAACAUGUCCAAAUUAAGUGCCCUGCUGAGAGCGGUUCGAUUUACUACAAUUACAAGGGUACAUUCAGCAUCAUACUGUUCGCAUUAGUUGAUGCCGAAUACAAUUUCUCAUACAUAGAUGUCGGUGCUAAUGGAAAGUCAAAUGAUGGUGCAGUUUUUCAAGCAUCAACAUUGAACAUUGCAAUGGAACGUAACACCAUUAAUUUACCACAGAAUGCGGUUGUUGUUGCAGAUGAUGCAUUUCCUCUAAGAAAGGACAUACUGAAACCUUUCAGCAAACGUAACUUAACAAUUUCAGAAAGAAUAUUCAAUUAUCGACUUUCUAGAGCUUGUAGAGUUUCGGAAAAUGCUUUCGGCAUUUUAGUUGCUAGAUUUAGAGUAUUCAAACAGCCUAUUGCAUUGAUUCCUCAAACUGUAGAUUUGGUUGUCAAAACUUGUUGUGCACUUCACAACUGGCUACGCAAAUCAUCAGGGAAAUAUUACCUUCAUCCUUCAUCUGUAGAUGUGGAAGACAUGACAACAUGCACAAUCAUACCAGGCACAUGGCGCACCACUCUCAAUACAUCAUGUCUGUUGAGGAAAUCGAAACUGACUUCGACAAAUGCUUACAAACAAGAGCUCAAAAAGUUUAGAGAGCAGUAUGAAAAUUUCUUCUGUUCAAAACAAGGGUCACUACCGUGGCAAUGGAAGUGGAUUGGUGCUGAUCAACCAUCGAACAGCCUUUAACUUUGUACAAAUGUAAUAUGUUAGCCUUUCCUGUAUGUUGUAUGCUGAAGGUACUCAGUUAAAAUACUAUUACUGCAAUAUUUGUAUGUAAAUAUGUAACUCAUAGUAUAUAAAAGCAUUUUAUUAAUAAAUUAUGUGUAGACAUAAAGAAAUGUAGUUUUUACUUACCAGAGUUGA